GGCACAUACACAGAAGCAGGAAGGAACUAGUACUUCGCAAGUUUACUCAUGACACCUCCCUCCCUUCUGUUCUUUUAAACUUCAACACAAAAUUGGUUGAAUGUCAUCCUUACCAUAUUUCAUAAAGCCACGAGGACUUGAUUGAGGUCUGUGUCACAGGAGACUAUGGGCCUCUGCAAGUGUCCAAAGAGAAAGGUGACCAAUUUAUUCUGCUUUGAACACCGCGUAAACGUGUGCGAGCAUUGCCUCGUCUCCAACCACAACAAGUGCAUUGUACAAUCAUAUCUACAAUGGCUUCAGGACAGUGAUUAUAACCCAAACUGUCCUCUUUGUAAUAUUCCGCUGAUUGAGGAUGACACUGUCAGACUCAUCUGCUAUGAUGUUUUUCACUGGACCUGUCUCAACGACUUGGCAACCCGCUUACCCCUUCAUACGGCCCCAGCAGGAUAUCAGUGUCCCAGCUGUCAGGGUCCGGUGUUUCCCCCCUCCAACCUGGCCAGCCCGGUUGCCGAUGUGCUGAAAGAACACCUGUCCUCUGUCAACUGGGCUAGAGCGGGUUUGGGGUUGCCACUGAUUGACGAGCCAGCGGACGUCAUUCAGGAGGCCACAGCUCAUGAUGUUACAGACUACACUGACUGGUCAUCAUUUGAUGCACAAGGAGAAAGUCACAGUUACCAAAGCCACUCCUACAACGGCAGCCUUGGCCAAGGGCCAAAUUCUUUGCCAUCCCCAGCAGAGGACCACUUUGGGCUGUCUCCAAAGAAUGUGGAUUCAAAUAUACAAGAUCACUCUGUGGUCAACUUUCCAGAGGCCACUACAAGUGACACAAUUACUAUACAUGCAGGAUCAUCACCAAGAAAGGUUUAUGACACACGAGAUAUCAGUUCUGUGACACAGAUGGAUUUUGAUGACGACAAAUACAGACGACGACCGGCUUUGAGCUGGUUCGCUCAAAUUCUCAAGAACCGCACAGGUAAGAAGCGAGGAGCUCUGUCUUGGAAACAGCGGGUCUUCAUGCUCCUACUGGUUGGAGUGCUGGGAUUCUUUACUUUGAUUAUUAUAAUGGCUAAACUUGGACGUGCCUCAGCUGGUUCAGACCCUAAUUUAGAUCCUCUUCUAAAUCCACACAUUCGUGUGGGCAAAAACUGAAAUCAUGCAUUGAUUACCUGUUUUUCCCCACCUGAGCGUCAAAUUAAAUUCACACUGAAUUACGCAGAAAAAGGCAUUGUGAGACUAUAGUACAAGAUUUGGCCAGCAGAGAGAGCCAUUUACACAUCGCCAACUGAGAAGUGGAGGCAGUCCCUAUAAUGCCUUGUACAGUAUGUGCUUCCCAUCCAAGGACCAACCAAGCUGUAUUCAGGUGAAUAGGUCAAACGGGGCAAUAUUUAUAUAUACCUGUAGACUGACUAAUUCAUAAACAAAAUUAAAUAUUGGUGAAACUUUCACUAUGAUGUAUUUAUUUGUGAAUGUAAAAAAUGAUUUCAUGUUAAUUGUGCAGUGCAUCAAAACAAAGUCCAACACCUAAUAACAUUUUCUGUGAUUUUUUUUUUUUUUUUUAAUCUAGUGCUUUUAGACACUUUAUUCCUCUGCUUUUUUGGAGUUUUCUUUCGAUUAUCCAUUAAAUGGGACUACUCUGGAAUUUCAUGAUGUGGUUGCG